AUGCAGCCAAAUUGCAGUCAUCUCCACAACAUCCAAGGGAGUGACAAUGACUCUUCAUCUCCUCCGGGCGCCCAGGCAGCGAGGUCCUCAGGAGAGAGCUCUGGCCACCCCAGCAGAGACGUUCGCAUCCAGCUGAGCUCUGCGGGGGGAGAAGCCAGAGAAAAUGCGAGUUCCCGGCAUUCCCGCCCAGGUUCCCAAAGCCGCUCACACAGACACGCCCACAGCGAGGCAGGGGGAGCUGAGGAUUCCACUCCAGACUCCGAGGAACAGGGCAGUUCCCUCUCAGAGCUCAAGUACCUCCUGCAGUGGCUGCACAAGAGUCUGCCCUACAUCCUGAUCCUGUGUGUCAAACUGGUCCUGCAGCACCUCACUGGCAUUUCUCUUGGAAUUGGGCUGCUAACAACUUAUAUGUAUGCAAACAAAAGCAUAGUAAAUCAGGUUUUUCUAAGAGAACGGUGCUCCAAGCUGCAAUGUGCUUGGUUACUAGUUUAUCUAACUGGAUCAUCCCUCCUCUUGUAUUACACCUUUCAUUCUCAGUCACUGUAUUACAGCUUAAUCUUCUUAAACCCUACUGUGGAUUUUAUGAACUUCUGGGAGGUACUUUGGAUUGUGGGAGUCACAGACUUUAUUCUGAAAUUCCUCUUCAUGGGCUUAAAGUGCUUUAUUCUCUUGGUGCCUUCUUUUAUAAUGUCCUUUAAAUCAAAGGGCUACUGGUACAUGCUGUUAGAAGAACUCUGCCAGUAUUACCGUAUGUUUGUCCCCAUACCAGUUUGGUUCCGUUAUCUUAUUGGCUAUGGGGAGCUGGACACUGUACUGGGACAGACCCUUGGGAUAUUGCUGGGCCUUCUCUACCUCAUCCUAAAACUUUUGAGCAUUUUUGGACAAUUGAAAAACUUCAGGCAGGUCUUGCAGAUAUUCUGUACACAACCACACUAUGGGGUGCCAGCUGGCAAGAGACAGUGUUCUGAGUCGGAUGAUAUUUGUUCCAUCUGCCAAGCUGAAUUUCAGAAGCCUAUUCUGCUUAUCUGUCAGCACACAUUUUGUGAAGAAUGCAUCUCUUUAUGGUUUAAUAGAGAAAAAACGUGCCCACUCUGCAGAACUGUUAUUUCAGACCAUGUUAACAAGUGGAAGGAUGGAGCUACAUCUAUGCAUCUACAGAUUUUCUAA